AUACUACGGGUUAUUGGUGGACCGUUCGGUACAGACUCCAAGCCUCGGCGUCUCAUUGGCUGCCUUGCCGAUCAUAUAUAAAGCUCCGAUAACGGUAGCUCCUCUCAUGUCAUUCUCAUACCGGCAAGGACAAGCAAGCCUCGCCGCUGCCCAUUCCAACACAGCACUUUAAGUCACAUUUGACUCAUCAAUUCGGAAAAAUGUCCAAGGGACCAGCAGUUGGUAUUGAUCUUGGGACCACCUACUCCUGUGUUGGUGUGUUCCAGCAUGGCAAAGUUGAAAUCAUCGCCAAUGACCAGGGCAACAGGACCACACCCAGCUAUGUGGCCUUCACAGAUUCAGAGAGGCUGAUCGGAGAUUCAGCCAAGAAUCAGGUUGCCAUGAACCCCACCAACACAGUUUUUGAUGCCAAACGACUGAUUGGUCGCAGGUUUGACGACGCCGUUGUGCAGUUGGAUAUGAAGCACUGGCCAUUUGAUGUCAUCAAUGACAACACUCGCCCUAAGGUUCAAGUUGAGUACAAGGGAGAGUCAAAGUCUUUCUACCCAGAGGAAGUCUCGUCUAUGGUGCUGACAAAGAUGAAGGAGAUUGCUGAAGCCUACCUCGGGAAAACGGUCAACAAUGCUGUAAUUACGGUACCUGCCUACUUCAACGACUCUCAGCGACAGGCUACUAAGGAUGCUGGGACAAUCUCUGGCCUCAAUGUCCUGCGUAUCAUCAAUGAACCAACUGCUGCUGCCAUCGCCUAUGGGUUGGACAAGAAGGUUGGUGCUGAAAGGAACGUCCUCAUCUUUGAUCUUGGUGGUGGCACCUUUGAUGUGUCCAUCUUGACUAUUGAGGAUGGCAUCUUUGAGGUAAAGUCCACUGCUGGAGAUACACAUCUUGGAGGGGAAGAUUUUGACAGCCGCAUGGUCAACCACUUCAUUGCUGAGUUCAAGCGCAAGUACAAGAAGGACAUUAGCGACAACAAGAGAGCCGUCCGUCGUCUGCGCACGGCCUGCGAACGGGCGAAGCGCACCCUGUCUUCCAGCACCCAGGCCAGCAUAGAAAUCGACUCUUUGUAUGAGGGAGUCGAUUUCUACACCUCAAUCACCAGGGCUCGUUUUGAGGAGCUCAACGCUGACCUCUUCCGCGGCACCUUGGACCCUGUGGAGAAGUCACUCCGUGACGCAAAGAUGGAUAAGGGGCAGAUACAUGACAUUGUGUUGGUCGGUGGCUCAACCCGUAUCCCCAAGAUCCAGAAGCUGCUCCAGGAUUUCUUCAAUGGAAAAGAGCUCAACAAGAGCAUCAAUCCAGAUGAGGCUGUGGCUUACGGAGCUGCUGUCCAGGCUGCCAUCCUGUCUGGGGACAAGUCUGAAAAUGUCCAGGACCUGCUGCUGCUUGACGUCACCCCUCUGUCCCUGGGUAUUGAGACUGCUGGAGGUGUCAUGACUGUCCUGAUCAAACGAAACACCACCAUUCCUACAAAGCAGACUCAGACCUUCACUACCUACUCAGACAACCAGCCCGGUGUGCUCAUCCAGGUGUACGAGGGUGAGCGUGCCAUGACCAGAGACAACAACCUGCUGGGCAAGUUUGAGCUGACGGGCAUCCCUCCUGCUCCCCGUGGUGUUCCCCAAAUUGAGGUGACAUUUGACAUUGAUGCCAAUGGCAUCAUGAAUGUCUCUGCUGUAGACAAGAGCACUGGCAAAGAGAACAAGAUCACAAUCACCAAUGACAAGGGUCGCCUCAGCAAGGAGGACAUUGAACGCAUGGUCCAGGAAGCUGAGAAGUACAAGACUGAAGACGAUGUUCAACGUGACAAGGUGUCUUCUAAGAAUGCCCUGGAGUCGUAUGCCUUCAACAUGAAGUCCACGGUGGAGGAUGAAAAGCUUGCUGGCAAGAUCAGUGACGACGACAAAACAAAGAUUUUGGACAAGUGCAAAGAGGUCAUCAGCUGGCUGGACAAGAACCAGACUGCCGAGAGGGAAGAGUAUGAGCAUCAACAGAAAGAGCUGGAGAAGGUGUGCAACCCCAUCGUCACAAAGCUAUACCAGAGUGCUGGUGGUAUGCCAGAAGGCAUGGCUGGUGGCUUCCCUGGAACUGGUGGUGCCGCACCUGGUGGUGGUGGUGGUGGUGGUGGAUCCUCCGGACCAACCAUCGAGGAGGUUGACUAAACAGUCGAACAUCAGCCGCUACUCCUGGAUGUUUUCUAAGAAAGUAACCCUCUUUUUGCACAAUUGCAAUAAGCUAAAAGAGUGUAAUUAAAGACAAACGGGUUCAUGGAUCACACUUAUUGCAUGGUUUGGGACAACUGGGAACAACUUGUUUGCACAAUUGAGCUGUUGGUUAAUGCGUGUGUGGUAAAUUGUUUUUGUACACUGAGAUGCCACUGCUGUGACAAUAAAACAAUCUUGUUAACCCUC